AUGGAGGGACAUCCAUACCUUGGUCGGCUUUCUGAAUCUAAAAUUCAAAUUAUGGUUGACAUGUUUGCACAAAAUGCCAAGUCAUGGGACAUAUUGGCGGAGUUGAAAAACCGAGAUUCGAACAACGUGAGCACUAUCAGAACCAUAUAUAAUGCACGCAAGAAGCACAUGACCUUUGAGAGAUCGGGUCAAUCACAAAUGCAAGUUGUGUUCUCAUUCCUCAACGAUCAAGAAUAUUUUUUCGAUUAUCGAGCAAACCAUGCAACCAAUGAGCUCGCAGAUUUGUUCUUCGCACAUCCUGGCUCGCUAGAUCGAUUGCGUGCAUUCCCACACGUAUUGUUGAUGGAUGCGACAUAUCAGACCAACAGGCAUGGGUUGCCUCUCCUUGAAAUUGUUGGUGUUACCUCAACUAGUUAG